AUGGCGUUGUUUUCACUUCUAUUUAACUCUCUACCCUUCUCUCUUUAUCAAAAUGAUAUGCAGCAAACUAGCAAUGUAGCAUACUACGCUUCUCUGUUGAUUAAAUUCUGGGAAAAGAACUUUGAGAAGUUAUCAUCAGAUCAUAGUCAUGAGUCGGUCCUACCAAGCCAGUUUUAUCCACUUGCAAAGGGCAUUGCAAAAGAUGGGUAUCUUAAAGGUUUGGAAUCAAGUGGUAAAUUCUGUCCCAUAGCCAAUGAUGUGGGUAAGGUGUGUUACGUCAGCCUUAAGGAGAUAGCGGAUGCUACAAAUGGAUUGGCUAAAGAAAAUGUGAUUGGAAGUGGUGAAAAUGGGAUUGUUUAUCUUGGUUUAUUGCCAAAUAAUAGACGGGUGGCUGUGAAGAGAUUACUGUGUGACAGUGGCCAACCUGAGGAAUAUUUUGCAUCUCAAAUGGAAGCAAUUGGACAUAUAAAGCACAAUAACCUGGUCAAAUUGCUUGGAUACAAUUCUGAGGGUGCUUGCAGGAUAUUCAUAUCUGAAUAUGUAGAAAAUGGAAAUCUGCAUUGUUGGCUUCAUGAAUUUCCUGGACAAAUCAGCCCUCUAUCAUGGGAUAUCAGGUUAAACAUUAUCGAUGAUGUGGCAAAAGGACUGGCAUACCUUCAUGAAGAAGUUAAACCAAAGAUUCUCCAUGGUACCUUAAAAUCCAGCAAUAUAUUACUCGAUCGCCAAUGGAAUCCAAAAAUAUCUGAUUUUGGCCUUGCUAAGGUUCUCAGUCCCGAAUGGAGUCACAUUAAUUGCCAAGCAUUGGGUUAUGUAGCUCCAGAUUGUCAUUCCACUAGCACCUUCACUGAGGGUAAUGACAUUUAUGGUUUUGGAUUACUUAUUAUGGAGAUUAUAGCAGGAAGGAAACCAUUAUAUCACAGUCUACCCGAGGGUCAUAUAGUAGAUUGGUUCAAAUCAAUGAUUUCCAAUGGAAAGAUUGCUGACGUGGUGGAUCCAAAAUUGCCUGAAAAGCCUUCUUCCAAGGAACUUAAACGGAUUAUUUUGGUUGCUCUACGAUGUGUAGAUCCUGAUGUAAAUCCUAGACUCAAAAUGGGAGAUGUGGUUUGCAUGCUUGAGAACAACAUACUUCUUUUUGAGGAACACCGAAUUGCCAUGGAGAUUUGUGAAAACAGUCACUCUCCACAGAGUCAGCAAAGUUAGGUCAUAUAUAUUUAGAGAGAAGUAGAAGGCUAAGCAUCAGCAAUCACUACCAGUAAAUGGCAC